GCUUUUAAGGGAACUGUUGGCUCCACCCCUGGUUCUGUUAUGGCAAUCGAUGAAGUACGAAUCGAUGUAGGGGCAUGUCCUCCACCAGGCUUCUGCACCUUGAAGAGCCAAUUUUUGAUUGGUUCAAUAUUGAUACUGACAAAAUGGAUUGGACCAUUUACUUUGGUAGAACACCAAGCAGCAACACCGGUCCUUCGAAUGAUCACACACUAGGAACCUCGCAGGGUCAUUAUGCAUACAUCGAGACAUCAAGUUCAGGCAACAAGUAUAAUGCUAUUCUCCAGUCCAUUGACUUUACUCCACGGAUUGAGGGCUGUUUCUCAUUUUGGUAUCACAUGUAUGGGAAAGAGAUGGGAACCCUCAACGUGCAUCUCCUAGAAGUGCAGACUGGCAAACGGAGUGUGAUCUGGACAAAAUCCGGUGAACAAGGCAACUUUUGGAUCUCAGCUGAGAUUGAGUUGUCAGUUGGUGUCUAUCAUAUCAUUGAAUUUGAAGGCAUUGACGGUGCCAGUUUUACCGGAGACAUCGCAUUGGAUGAUAUCAAGUAUACCGAGCAUAGCUGCCAAUAUGUCCCUCCCCCUACACCAACACCCACCCGUCCUGUUACCUCGGCUCCGCUUCCAUGGGACUGUAACUUUGAGGGCGGCACGUUCUGCUCCUGGAUGCAGGGAUCAGACGAUGAUUUUGAUUGGACGAUUCAAACUGGCAGCACACCAACUGUUGGAACAGGACCCCCUGCAGAUCACACAACUCAAACGAAAGACGGUGCCUACAUGGCCAUUGAUGCUAGUUCUACCAGUGCCGAUGAUGUAGCUCGCCUCUAUAGUGACAGCAUCCCUAUAGGAAAUCAUAUGUGUAUGACGUUUUGGUAUCACAUGUACGGGGCUCACGUGGGUACAUUGAAUGUUGGAUAUGGGAACACAGAUGGCAACACAGAAGGCCCUGUCAUCUGGACCAAGUCUGGAGACCAGAGUUAUGACUGGAUAGUGGGUCAUGUGGCUAUCACCACAACUGUGAAAAACCCUAAGGUGUACCUGGAAGGCACAGCUGGAAAAGGUUACCAAGGGGAUAUUUCUAUUGAUGAUAUCAUGUUUAGCUAUGGAGACUGCCCAGCAUUACUAUAUUGUGAUUUCCAGUCAGAUGAUGCGUGUGGAUAUGCCAAUGAUGACACAGAUCAGCUGGACUGGACCAGGGAUCGAGGGAUGUCUCCAGGGCCUUCUACUGAUCAUACGUCAGGAACCACUAAUGGUUUUUAUAUGCAAAUUUUGACUGGGCAGCUGACAAAUGUUGGAGACAGUGGAACAUUGAUAUCCUCCGUAUAUCCUAUUCCGCUAAGUGGUUUUAGAUGUACUGAGUUCUGGUACAUGAUGAGUGAUGACUUUGGAGACCUAAAGGUGGAAGCCUACCAAAUAGACCCAUCAGGAGUUAUCUUACCAACUGGAAUAUCAAUAUCUUUUAUGGAGCCAACUGGUGGUCUUUGGCGCAAAGCAUCGAUAGAAGUAGCUUCCAAGAAUGACAAUGUUUUCACCUUCAAGUUGGCUGUCAAGAAGGCUGUUUCAGGUGUCUUUGCCGCACUUGAUGAUAUCUUUGUCAAAGAUCAGCAGUGUACAGGACAACUAGGGUCAUGUGACUUUGAGGUUGACACCUGCGAUUGGACAAACACCCAGAAUGCUGAUGAGAUUGAUUGGCUACGGCAUAGUGGUUCUACAGGCACCCCCGACACCGGCCCGACCUUUGACCACACCACGGGCACCCCAUCGGGUUGGUAUAUGUACCUGGACUCCACCCUUGGUACCUACGGGAGCAGGGCGAGACUGGAGUCUUCCAGCCUAGAUCCUCCAGAGGACUUUGUCUGCUUCAGUCUGUGGUAUCAUAUGACCUGCAGUGAUGACAGUAAAAACAAGCUGACAGUAGCCUGGGAAACUGCAUACCAGACCAACAUUGUCUGGUCUUUCACUGGCGUUGCUGAAGAUGAAUGGAACUUUAGACAAUUAACAUUCAGUAUCAGCAGGCAGUAUAGGAUAAUGAUAGAGGGAGUGCUUGCUGAUACUUCAGCCUGUGAUAUUGCUAUCGAUGACUUGUACCUCUUCAACGGUGCUUGCAGUGCUGACACCACCCUUCCUCCGCCGUUCGCUUGUCAGACGGGAGAUGAGAAAGUAGAUCCUAGCAAGGUCUGUGAUAUGAGACCCGACUGCACAGAUGGGUCUGAUGAGAAGAACUGCGGAACCUGCGCAUUUGAGGAACCCGAUGACCAGUGCGGUUAUACCAGCGAUCCAGCAGGCCUGCUACCUUGGAUACCGCAGGGAGUUGGAGUCUCCCCCACCCCAGCUACCAACCUCCCCUUACCUUCUUUGUUCAUUAAUACUACAUACAUGAUGGUAGAUAGGACGGCCGUUCCUGUAGUGGGUGGAGAUUAUCCUCGUCUUGUAAGCCCUUGGAUACAGGAGGCUGGAUCCAACUGUCUCCUGACCUUCUGGUAUUAUCUUGACGGUGCAGAUGACAUCAUUGUCACAUACAAGACUUCUCCUUCUGAAGAAACCAUAAUGUACCGGGCUGAUAUUACAAUAAGUGGAUCUUGGCAACAAGCAAUUCUAACCGUUCAGCGGAUAAGAAGGCCCUUCCAGAUCAAUUUUCUUGGACUUCUGGACUAUAGCACCGCGGGAGGCAUUAUAGCUGUCACCGAUAUUGAACUCACCUUCUGUGGUUUCCCGGAGCCACAGACGUCUUGCAAGGACGGAGAGUUCACAUGUUCCAACAGAGCUUGCAUCAGCACGCCUCUGGUCUGUAACUUUGCGGAUGAUUGUGGAGACUUCUCGGACGAGUUGCAGUGCGACCCAGACACCUACCCAGGUCGAUGUGACUUUGAGUCCAGCAUGUGUUCUUACACAAACAUCCCUGCUGACUACGCGUGGGUGCGAACGUCUGGCGCGCUUACCAAGAAUGUGAAGUACGCACCUACACGUGAUCAUACCACCAACGACGUAGGGGGCGGUUAUUUGCUGGCGGAUCCAGUGGGAACAAACCCUGGGGAUGUAGCAAGGAUCGCAUCACCUGUCUUCCAACCAACCGGUCAGACAUCUUCUUGUAUGAUUUCUAUGUCAGUAUUUCUACAUGGACCUGAUGCGGGUGUUCUGAACAUAUACACAAGGACCUCAAUAGGGGGUCUACUUACCCUGCUCUAUAGCAUACCUACACUUGAUAUGGAUUGGUUUGGAAAGUACAAUCAAAUCAUCACUGUACUUGACAGAUACCAGGUAGUCAUAGAGGCAGUUACUGGUGGAGGACCCAACGGAGCCAUCGCCAUUGACGACAUUGCGUUCUCAAACUGUGACCUCUCUAACGAUCCUCUUCCGGUGGGCGUGACACCUCCACCAACUACUCACUCCCCUGAUUUUAUUGGUGGAGAUGGACAGUAA